AUGAGUGUAAAGAACAUUUUUGCUCUAGUAACGGCGUCCCUGCUGUUCACAGUUGGCGUCGCCUGCUCUAAUGGAUUAUGCAAGAUCGGCGAUGAAUGUUCAACUAAUGGAGAUUGUGAAGCCGGGCUCUAUUGUUUUUCGUGUACAGCUUCAUUUUCAGGCUCUAGAUGUGUUAGAUCAACUGCUACAAACCAAUUCCAGUUACUGAAUAAUUCUCUACCAUUCAACAAGUACGCAUUUUUGACGACGCAUAAUGCUUUUGCAAUCGAUGAUGGAGUUCCGAGACUUACCUUCACUAAUCAAGAAGACAAUAUCACUCAACAGCUAAACAAUGGAGUCCGUGGACUAAUGCUUGAUACAUAUGAUUUUAAAGGAGACGUAUGGUUGUGUCAUUCUUCUGGAGGCGAAUGCCACGAUUAUACAGCAUUUGAACCAGCUAUAGACACUUUGAGGGAAAUCGGAGCAUUUUUGUCUGCAAAUCCAUCAGAAAUUGUAACACUGAUUUUGGAAGACUAUGUCAAGGCACCAAAUGGAUUGACAAAGGUGUUCACAGAUUCAGGAUUAAUGAAGUACUGGUUCCCACUGUCCAAAAUGCCUAAAAAUGGUCAAGAUUGGCCAUUGGUUAGUGACAUGGUUGCUAAUAACCAAAGGCUACUCGUAUUUACUUCCAUUCAAUCUAAGGAAGCCAGUGAAGGAAUUGCCUAUCAGUGGAAUUACAUGGUUGAAAAUCAAUAUGGAGAUGGUGGAAUGAAGGCAGGAAGUUGCUUUAAUCGUGCGGAAUCAUCAGUUCUCAAUGAUACAAGUAAAUCAUUAGUUUUGGUUAACUACUUUAGAAGUGUUCCCAUAAAGCUAUUAGCAUGUGUACAAAACUCCGGAGACCUCAUUAAAAUGCUACAAACCUGUCACGAUGUUGCUGCUAAUCGUUGGGCUAAUUUCAUGGCCGCCGAUUUUUACAAGGUAUCCCGUCUCUUCCACCUUUUAAAUCAGAUUGUACAAUAUUUGACGUCUUAG